AUGCGAGAGAACGCUCUCCGACCCUUUGCGCUGUCACAGAGGAACUAUGAGGAUGGCAAGGUCUUGGGGCACAUCGACUUCCUGGAGAACAGGAAGAUCUGCAUGAUGCUGCUCCUUGACGACGAGGGCUCGGAGCUGGAGCUGCAGCCCUUCGACGAGCGCUUCGGCGAGGCGAGGCAGAUGAAGCUGCCCGGCAACCGCCUGGUGCUCUUCCGGCAGGACGUCUACUCGUUCUCGUACCAGGCCUGUGGCUCUGGGAGCUCCCUGCAGUGCCAUUUGGUGUGCAAGUCUGCCGUGCCCAGCAGGGAUGCACACUCCGUGGCUGUUCCAUCGCAGCUGAUGAACGACAAUCAGGUGAUGGUGAGGUCCAUAGGAUGCCACUACCCCGGCUGUGCCGGCAACGUGCACGAUUACUGGGCCGUCACCGCUGGCUGCAACGACGGGCUGGUCAGGGUACCGCCCUCACGAUGGGAUGUGACCGAGUAUUACUCGCCUGAAGACAAGGAAGGCUUCACCUAUGCAACACACGGCGGCUUUUGCCAUGAUGACGAUGUCAUCAUGUUCGACAACACUUUUUUUGAGAUCUCGGAUGCGGAGGCCGGCAACAUGGCCCCCUCGCAGCGCUUGGUUUUGCAGACCGGCUAUGAGGCGCUGCGGAAUGCCGGGAUCAACAAGGCGAAGUGCCAGGGCCUCGCCUGUGGCGUUUACCUCGGAGACUCGGGCUGCGACUGGCCGCAGCUGUUCGCGCACAAUUCCGGCCCUCAGCGCUGCCUGGGCUCCAUGCAAAGCAUCGGAGGGAGCCGUGGCGCCUCGGCUCCCGCCGUCAUGGAAGCGGCGAUCCAUGGCUGCGACCAGCGCUCCCCCGUGGUGGAGUUCAACCACCCCAGGCUGGAGGAGGCGGCGACGGGCGGGCGGGCCCCGUUCGGAGCUCGGAGUUUCGGAGCUCGGAGCUGGGGCGGGGCGUUGACGGAACAGGCGCUGCACUUGGAGCAGCGGGGCGCGGACAGCGGCGGCUUCGUCCAGGGCACUUCCUCGGUGCUGUGGCCGGCGGCCCAGCGCAUGGCGCAGUUCCUGCUGGACACCCAGGCUGAGACUCUGCCAGGCCGGUCCCUGCUGGAGCUGGGCGCUGGCGUGGGCUUGGUGGGCGCCGCUUGCGCCGCCUGCGGUGCCCGCGCGGUGCUCACGGACUGGGAGGGCGCGCUGCCGCUGCUGCGGCGCAACGCGGAGCUGCUGGCGCAGAGAGGCGUUAUGGUGGAGGUGGCCAGGCUAGACUGGGGCUCUGCAGAUCAGGAGGCAAUUCUGGCAGAUACGCCGGGAGGAUUUGAUCUCCUCGUGGGCAGUGACAUCAUCUUGUCCUCCUUUGACCUGGAGGCGCUGUGGGCGAGCUGCCGGGCCCUGCUGGCGCGCCGCGCCGGGGCGCGGCUCUUCUUGGCCUUCGAGUUUCGCGAGGACUGGGAGUCCAUUGGCAACUUCAUCGGCUGGGCAGAGGAUGCAGGCAUGGCGGUCACCCACCAAGCGCUUGGGGAAGAAGACGAUGAGAUCUAUCUCUACACCUUCCGCUGGGAGCAGCCUUGA